CAUGUGUUAUGAAUAAUUAAAUUGUGUCUGCUAACUUCAAGAAUGAAGAAAAACUAAAAGUGCUUUCAUGUAAAAAAAAUAAUACAUUCCUGCAUUAUCAAUAGUAAGACAAUACUGCAUAUGUAAUGCAUACUGUUAUGUACUAUGUAAAACAAAAUGCGUCGUGAAGUGCAUCUAAAAGUUUCAUAGCAUGAUAUUGGUUUUGCUAGUGUGAAAUAACGGGGUAAUUCCUCCUUCUGCGGCUAGUGCACAGGAAUGUCCAUGUGAUACAUCAGUGCGGUUUGCAGUCCAGAUUGCGGCUGCGAAAGAGGGAGCAGACGAUUUCUGUGCUACACGGAACGUGUUUUUUAUUGGUUCUCCACAUAAUUUCCAGCUGUUUACUACAUGGUGUUUUCACUUUGGCAGCGUUGAUUCAAGUAGCCACUAGAGUAUCCUCCUUAGCCACUAGAGGGCCAGUGACCCCUCUGAGCUCCCAUGUGUCGCUCAAAGGGUCAGUUUCUUUCAAAGGGAAGUCUUUUAACACAGGAAAAUAACUUUGUCUGACACGCUUCUAAAGCCUUCGCUUUUUUUUUUUUUUUUUGAAUGGGGACGUUGAGAAGAAAGGCCUCAGAUACCUGCCUCAAGUUACCUGUAAGACAGACAUUCCAGCACGCGCUUGCAUUUUAACACUCCACGUCCUCGUCGGCUUUUUCACGAUGGAAUGUUAUGAACUUUAGGAAAUCAGAUGCACAUAUUUCCCCCCAUUCACGCUCAGACCGUGCAGUUUAAAAAAAAAAAAAUGCUGCAUAGUUUUGCUAAAGAAUCUCUCAGGGGCGCAGCAAUAAAAGUGUCAAGUGUCUCAAGUUAUUGAAAUUCUUUCUUCCCCCACCCUUGUCUAGAGUGAGUCAGUGCCAUCUGACUCGCUGUAUUUUUAUCUUUUCUUCUGAUCUGGAGUAGACUCUGUUAUCUCAGGUAUUUUAUCCUGUCUUGUGAUGAAUUGCACCUGAUAAAGUGAUACCCGCAUGUGUUGCUUUGACAGGAAUCGGUAAGAAUCGCUAUUUUAAUGCAUUGAUGCCGAAAAUGCUUUCAAGGGUUUUUUCUGUGAGAGAACUGCUUUCUGAAUGCAGCCAUUCCUGUAUUGGAGCUGCGAAGGGGGCAGAGGUGGAAGCAUUGUUGUGGAACUGCAGGAUGUCCUGAGGAAGAAGUCAGCGUUCCAUUGCAGGGGCCACCGAGCCGCCCGCCUGCAUUCAGAAGCAGAGAGGCAUGCACCAGGAGCCACGCACCUCUCACGCUCUCGUCUACAGUGCCCUCUCCUUCUGCUCAUUUCGUAGCAGUGAACAUGAGUGGCAGCUGAGGGUGGGGAUUCCCACCUCUGCCGACAGUCGCUGCGUUUUGCGUGACAUCCAACUAAAAAAUUGCCCAUGCGGAACUGGAAACUAUAGAUGGCCUCGCCGAUUUUUUUCUUGCAUGCGAGGUGGAAAAAGUGGAAGUCAAGCUUCACUGAAUCAUUGUGAACUAGGCUGUGGCGUUAGUUCCUGAAGUUCUGGGCGAGUUGUUAAUCUGUGCUUUACCAUUAGCGAACCUGGAUAUGACUGCAAGUGCAAGCUAAAGGAGUUGGCGUGAACAUCAAGGAAGUCAAUAAAGAAAAUAAAGACACAAUAUUUGGCGAGAUACACACAUCAAUCGAUACUUUGGCAUUCACCUUUGGCAAUGUAGUGUCUGACUUCCUUAUGGGAGAUGUGGACAGUGGCUCUAGGUUGGGGUACCCCCAAGCCAGAAGAAGUCGCUCUUUUGAAAACCUCUCUGAAGAUUCAAGAGGGUGCAAUCAAAAUGAUCUGGCAGAUCCGGCUCUGUCCCCAGAGCUGUCCACGGUGGAGCAGGUGGACCUUCUUCUGCUGAAGAAUGAAAGUGGAGUAGAGUCGGCUUUGCUCUACGCUAAGGCCUGGUCCAAAUACACCAAAGACGUUCUGGCCUGGGUGGAGAAACGCCUCAGCCUGGACAUGGAAUGUGCCAAAAGCUUUGCCAAGAUGGCAGAAUCCGCAAAGGCAGUGGCAAGUCAGCAGGACUUCAUGCCGUUCCGGGAUAUUUAUGUCUCUGCCUUUAAAAACGAGAUUGAGUACAAUCAGGUUCUGCUCCAAACAGCUGCAGCUCUACAAACCAACAAAUUCACACAGCCACUGCUGUCCCGCAAGAACGACCUGGACAAGCAGAGGAAAGAGAUAAAGGAACAAUGGCAAAGAGAGCUAAAGAAAAUGAACGAGGCUGAGAGCGCUUUGAAGAAGGCUCGGCUGCUGAAGGUGCAGAAGAGGGAGGAGUACGAGAAGGCACGCAGCUCCACCAGCCGCACCGAGGAGGAACAGCCAACAGCAGGAGGCAGGACUCUGGAGAAGAAACGGAGGGUGGAGGAAGAGGCCCUACAGAAGGCCGAGGAAGCGCAGGAGCAAUAUAAAGCUUGUGUGGCCGAUCUAGAGGCGAAGAGGGUCAGCCUGUCAAACGCUAAGAGUGAGAUCCUCGCUCAAAUUCGGAAGCUGGUCUUCCAGUGUGACCUGACCCUCAAAGCGGUGACCGUUAACUGGUUCCAGAUGCAGCAGGUUCAGACACAGCCUCUCUCAGUCAACUACCAAGCUCUUAAUGAACAGGCCAAAAAGUAUGAGCCAGGCCAGCGCUACUCUGAGUUCGUGUGCAGCCUGCCUAAAGAGCGUGUGUGGCUGGAAUCUCUGUCUCAGGACAUCACGGCUUCCUCAAAAUCGGGAAUGUCCCUUCAUAAGAGGUCUCAGAGCAGCACUCGCUCAUCCCAUGGGAACCUGUCACAAGGCUCUGUAACUUCUGCAGAUAACCACAGCAUAGAUGGGGUUGAGGGUACCAUACAGCCGUGCAAAGCAAAGAUCGCAGAGAGGCGGUCCAAUAGCAGUUUAGACAUGCAAGCGUUAAGGACGCAGGGCUCCCAGCGGGCCUGGAGCUCAGGCAGUGCCGGUGGAGGAGGGAUGUGCAGUGACUCAGAAAGUGCUGGAGGAAGCAGUGAGUCUCGUUCAAUGGACUCCCCUACAGCUAGUCCAGGAGAUUUCAAACGCAGGCUUCCCAGAACUCCCUCGACUGGUACCAUGUCUUCCGCAGAUGACCUAGAUGAGAGGGAACCACCCUCCCCAUUAGAUAAUGGCCUUGCGGAAAUGGUGAUGGAAACAGCCAGUUCUCCCGGCCCUUUUCGUAAUGCUCAGAUGUCGAAAGCUGCACAAACUCACAAGUUGCGGAAACUGCGAGCGCCUUCCAAAUGCAGAGAGUGUGACGGGCUGGUGGUGUUUCACGGGGCUGAAUGUGAGGAGUGCUCUUUGGCCUGUCAUAAGAAAUGUCUGGAGACUCUUGCCAUUCAGUGUGGUCAUAAGAAGCUCCAGGGCAGGCUGCACCUGUUCGGGAUUGACUUCGCCCAAGUAGCUAAGAACAGUCCUGACGGCAUCCCCUUCAUCAUCAAAAAAUGCACCUCAGAAAUCGAGAGUCGUGCCCUGAACAUUAAGGGCAUUUAUCGGGUGAAUGGGGCGAAGUCUCGUGUGGAAAAGCUAUGCCAGGCCUUUGAGAACGGAAAGGACUUAGUGGAGCUUUCUGACCUCCACCCACAUGACAUAAGCAACGUGCUCAAGCUUUACCUGAGACAGCUGCCAGAGCCAUUGAUUCUGUAUCGAUACUAUAACGAUAUCAUUGGGCUGGCGAAAGAGACUCAGAACAUGGAGGAGACAGACUCAACCAAAGAGAAAUUACCAGGAGAGCAGCUGUGCCUCAGUAUUGAGCUUAAAAGAGUCCUCUUCAAAAUCAGAGACCUCCUUCGCCAGCUUCCAGCGGCCCACUACAAAACCCUGCAGUUCCUCAUCACCCAUCUGCACAGAGUGUCAGAGCAAGCUGAGGAGAACAAGAUGACCGCUAGUAACCUGGGUAUCAUCUUCGGUCCCACACUCAUCAAGCCCAGGCAGUUGGAGGCGGAGGUGUCGCUGUCCUCUCUGGUCGACUACCCUCACCAGGCCCGAAUGGUGGACCUGCUCAUCAGACACCACCAGAUGAUCUUUGAUGUCCCGCUGAGCCCUGUGUCUCCCACCAGUCCGACAGCACCACAGCCAGCGCUCAGCCGCCACUCCCGCUCUCUCAUGGAUAUCAAAGAGAGUGCUAAAGUCUACAAGAGGCACUCGUCUGUUAUUACCUCUGCACAGCUGAUGGAGGACGUGAGGGAAAUGAAGCCAGGGGACAAUAAAGGGCAAACACCUGCAGGUAAAGGCUCAGGUGUCAAUGGGGUUGGCUCAGCUCCUGUAGACGUGCAGAAGUCCACAUCUGUGUUCAGCCAGCCCGGUGCCAGCAGCCGAGUGGUGCAACUACGCCCUCAGCGCGCCAAGCUGGCGUCCCGACCCAUCAGCAUGCCCGUGGAGCGACUGCUCAACGAGCGCAACAGUCGGAACACAGAUGAGCGUGAACACUCGUCAGCCGCCAUUCAGGAGACCACCGAACCAGACAAGCCCUCGACCCCACGCCACACCAGCUAUUACAGAAACCCCUUCAUCGACACACAGACGCUGAGGAGGACCUGGGACAGACAGUACAGGCAUUAUGAUGUGACUCCCAGAACUGCUAUGAUAGUGGCCAACCUGCCUUCCUCUGGCGUGCCAAAACCAUCAGAAAUUAGCGUUGUACCCCAAAGCAGCAACAGUAGAAAAGACGGUACAAGCCAGUCGGCCGUGGCUCCGAUAUCCUUCCGAGCGCCACGGACACUGAAACCCCCUCCCGGGACGUUCUAUAGACCUCCGUCGGUAAGCCAAAUCAGGCCAUUUGACUCGCUGCCAAAAACCGUUUCGACAGCAACAACCACUACCACAGGAGCUAUAUACACGACAGCCAUUACUAUAUUUACAACAGCAGCCACAGCAACGGUUUCCACACUCUCCACAGCCGCCACGACUCCCCCAACCACACCGACGACAUCAGUGACUAUCGCUCUGUCGGCCAAGCCAACCUUUCCCACGGCGAUGACGAGCGCUGUGCCAGGAGCAGAGGAAGGACUCUCAGAGAACGACUCCAUCAGCCCGGUCACGCUCUCUCCGCCUCAGUCUCCAAGCUCCAGCGCAGAGGAGCUCAGCCCUACGGACGCCAGACCGCUCUAUCAGAGACGCAGUCGCCGUAUGCAGGAGCUAGAGCACCGAGAGGCCCAUUUUGUUUAAAAAAUGCCCCGUCGGACUUGUUUCGCUUGGUACAGUAUCUUAUAUGUGGCGCUCGGAUUCCUCCACAGGCCUCACAAGGUUCAUUUUAAUAGUCUAGUAGAUCCGUCUACAGUUUUAUACGUGUAUGUAUUUGUCACUUUUGUGCCAUACUGUAUAUAUGAAAAUUGUUUUAAUAUCCCUUUGAGAAAGGGCAAAAAUAUUAGGAGAGAGGUGAAACAUCUCUAUGAAAUUUUGUCUCUUUAAGCUACUAUUUGAGCCAGAAAUAUCAGCAGAGGUCCAAAACAUUUGCGACAUUCGCUUAUCUAUAAGUGAGCACUCUUUUAUGUUCUUGUUUCUAAAUGUUUAUGCCAAAUGCGUGUCUCAUUAUCUCCUUCACAGCGAUGAGACACUUCUAUAUCAGUGAAUAAUCAGCUAUAUUAAUGUUAAUAAAAGCAGAAGUUCCGUGUAAUAAUUGUAUAAACUCAAAAGGAGUGUGUAUAGUACUGUCUGUAAAUUCAUGCCAACUUGCUCAUUUUGAUGCACUUGCUAAGCCUUAUUUUUUAACAUGCGUUCAUCACUGCCUUUGCAUGAUGUCAUGCAGUCACUGCUGGCUGUUUUAUUUGUUUAACAGUUUGUUUCUUGGAAACACUCCUGCUUGUGUUUUAAGCUGCGUAAGUGCAUCUGUUUCUGUUUUAUUUCAGAGUUAUAUAUGCAUUUGUUUACAUUUUUACACAUAACCUGCUGCCAUAAACAUACAUCUAUACCAACAGUUCUUGAAGACAUGCAACAUAUUUGCAGAUUAAAUAUUUAGUUAAAAACUA